AUGCAUCUGCUUUAUGUUUUAUCAAUAGCUUUCGCACUGUCGUACUCGGCGGCUAGUGCAACAACCACUGUGGAAGGAGUCAAAGCAUUAGUUGAGCGACGUUUACCCAACCAUACGGGCUCUUUCUCCUUUGCAAUAGUCAAUGGCACGGCCUCCACCGACACGGGUGUCAGCAAGCCAAACGAUGCAUUCACCGUGUCCAAUGGUGUCAACGGGACCAUUCAUGUUGAAGGGAAUAGUGGCAUAGCGCUUGCGACUGGUUUGCAUUGGUAUCUCAGCAAUGUAGCCCACGUUGAUAUCUACUGGUUCAUCGGAUCGCACCUUCACCUCGCUCCUAGACCUCUACCGCGUCUCAAUAAUACUUACCUGGGAGAUAGCAUAGUCCCAUGGAGAUAUCACUUCAACACAGUAACCUUUAGCUACACGACUGCCUUCUGGACUUGGGAAGACUGGGAACUCCAAUUGGAUUGGAUGGCCCUGCGCGGCAUAAAUCUUCCAUUGGCCUGGGUUGGAUACGAGAAGAUCCUCGUCGACGUUUUCCGCGAGGUAGGAUUCGCAGACACGGAUAUUUCAGAUUUCCUGUCUGGUCCGGCGUUCCAGGCUUGGAACCGAUUUGGCAAUCUCCAAGGUUCGUGGGGACCGGGACAGCUUCCCCUGAGCUGGAUCAACAGCCAAUUCGAGCUGAACAAAAAGAUUGUCGCGAGAAUGGUGGAGCUAGGCAUGAAACCUGCAAUGCCGUCCUUUACUGGCUUCGUGCCUCCGGCUAUCUACACGCUCUAUAAAAAUGCUACCAUAGUGAAUGGCAGUGCCUAUGGGUACGAGGGGCUGUUUCCCAGACGCAACACCAAUGUCACCUUCCUCAGCCCGUCAAAUCCUCUCUUCGGGAGGAUGCAGAAAUCGUUUAUAGCGAAGCAAAAAGCAGCGUAUGGAAACGUCAGCCACAUCUAUACACUGGACCAAUACAACGAAAAUGUCCCAUUCUCGGGAGAUCUUGACUACUUAAGAAACAUCUCCUCCAAUACCUACGCCUCUCUGCGGGCUGCAGAUCCGCAAGCUGUGUGGAUGCUGCAGGGGUGGGUAUUCUACGCCGCAAGAGACUUCUGGUCAAAUACCCGGGUAGAAACGUACCUAUCCGGUGUCGAAGACGAGAACAUGAUCAUUUUGGAUCUGUUCAGCGAAAGCCAACCACAGUGGCAGCGAACAAACAACUACUUCGGCAAGCCUUGGAUAUGGUGCAUGUUGCAUGAUUUCGGUGGGAGCAUGAGUCUCUACGGACAAGUCGAGAACUCAACGGUCAACCCAAUCCAAGCUUUGGCGAACGAGAGCAGCACUAUGGUCGGUAUGGGUCUCACCAUGGAGGGCCAGGAGGGGAAUGAAGUACUUUACGAUCUCGUGCUGGAUCAGGCCUGGUCUAGCAAGCCCAUUGACACAACCACUUACUUUGAGGAUUGGGUGACGAGUCGAUAUGGGCCGCAACUUACAGUCCCGCAAGGCUUGUAUAGGGCUUGGGAUAUCAUGAGACAGACUGUGUACAACAAUACCAAUCUUACAGCGGCGAUAUCAGUUCCCAAAUCAAUUCUGGAAUUACAACCAAAUACAUCUGUGAUGUUUGACAUCUUGGGCCACAGUCCAGAUGCCAUGCUCUACGACCAUAACCUCCUCUUAUCCGCCUGGAUGCACCUCUACAGCGCAGCAAACGAUGACCAGUCGUUAUGGCAAAACCCGGCAUACAUCUUUGACGUGACCGAUAUCACCCGUCAAGUACUUGCGAACGCCUUCAACCAGCUCUACCACGCAUUCGUGACCGCGGCGAAUGUGUCACGAAACAGCAGCACAUCAAGAACUGCCGGCCAGAAAAUGCUAGAUCUUCUCGACGACCUCGACGCCGUUCUUCUGUCGAGUGGGCAGAGACACUUUAGCCUCUCGGACUGGAUCGCAUCCGCAAGAGCCUGGGCUUCACCUCCUCUGCUUGGAAACAACAGCGAUACUGUCGAGCCAGGAUCGCCAGCAUUCGGAGCUAACAUGUCCACGAGCCAAACUGCCGACUACUACGAAUACCAAGCCCGCAACCAGAUCACGAUUUGGGGCCCAACUGGGCAGAUUCCGGAUUACGCUAGUAAGCAGUGGGCUGGUCUUGUGAGAUCGUAUUACAGGAAGCGGUGGGAGUUGUUUGUUGAGUAUACGCUGAAUAGUACCACGUCUCCUGAGGGCGUGAACGAGGGGCUUGCGGUGGCGUUGACGGAGUUCAGUCUGGGGUGGUGUCUAGAGAAGUGGGAUGAUGAGGCAGGUGAUGGGAGUCUAUCCGCUCCGUCUGAUGGCUUGGCUGAGGUUGUUGCUGGUGUUGUGAAGAGAUGGCCGUCGAUCUUUUCUUAG